AUGACUAGCCCUGAACAAAAGGAAGAACCAAAAGACAAAGAAGUCCUUAAACCUUAUGUGCCACAAGCACCAUUCCCCCAGAGACUCAGAGGAGGAGAGAAGGGGAGAACAUACACUAGAUUCCUGGAUGUAUUUAAGUCUCUUCAUGUUAACAUUCCCUUCUUUGAGACCCUACAAGAAAUGCCCAUAUACAUUAAAUGUAUGAAGGAGUUGCUGACCAAGAAGAGUACCCUGAAAGGAGGACAAACAGUGGUUAUGAGUAAGGAAUGUAGUGCCAUCAUACAGAAGGACUUGCCUACAAAGAAGAAGGAUCCAGGGAGCUUUCACAUCCCGUGUACCAUAGGAGAGACAAUAAUUGAUAGAGGGUUUUGUGACUUGGAAGCAAGCAUAAAUGUAAUGCCGCUAUCUCUCAUGAAGAAGCUGAAAAUUAAUGAGUUGAAACCCACAAAUGUGAUCCUUCAGUUGGCCGACAAAACAGAUAAACGAGCACUAGGAGUGGUUGAAAACAUAUUGGUGAAUGUUGGGAAGUACUUCAUACCUGCAGACUUGGUUAUUCUUGAGAUGGAAGAAAGCGACCUUCAUCCGAUCAUUCUAGGCAGACCAUUCCUUGCCACUGCCAGGGCACUUAUAGAUGUGGAGUAA